AUGUCAGAGUGUGUGUAUGCUGAUGUGAUCUUCAAUAAGGAGAUUAAGAAAGGAGAGCGAGUGGAGAGAGUGGUGGGAACCUAUGAGAGUCCAGAAGCUGUUAGAGGUCAUAUUCUCAAUGUGCACGCAGAGGAUAUAAACACAACGAGGAACAUCCAAUCUCAUCAUACAGGACAUACUGCAUUUAACCAGUGUUACAGAGUGACUGCAGUGUGUGUGGUGCUGCUGUGUGUUGUCCUAAUAACUGCCGUCACAGUGCUGUGGAUCAAACACAACAUUCUGAAGACAGAAAACAACCAGUUACAGACCAGUUACAACAACCUGACUAUAGAGAGAAACCAGUUAGAGACCAGAUACACCAACCUGACUAUAGAGAGAGACCAGUUACAGGGGGGGAGAGCUAUAUACCUGAGGAUAUUUUAUGAUUUGGACAUAGCAUGGUAUUUUAAUUCCAGUCUUUAUUUUAUGUAUAAUGCGAAGAAGAACUGGACUGAGAGCAGACAGAACUGCAUGGACAAAGGAGCAGACCUGGUGAUCAUUAACAGCAAUGAGGAACAGGAAUUCAUUGCUAAACAGCUGCAAGGAAGUCAAGCUUGGAUUGGUCUGAGUGACAGAGACGCAGAGGGAGAGUGGAAAUGGGUGGACGGUACACCACUGACCUCUGGGAACUGGGCUAACCAACAACCAGAUAAUUACAAUAAUGAGGACUGUGGUGAGACUGGGUAUCCUGAUGGACAGCACUGGAAUGACAAACCAUGCUCUUAUACACAAGCCUGGAUCUGUGAAAAGAAAAAAAAUAUGUUCGUAAAUAAAAUUUUGCUGUAA